UCAGGAAUCAGUGAUUCCUACCAGAUGGGAAUUUUUCGGAUCCUUGCUGGCAUCCUUCACCUGGGCAACGUGGAGUUUGCGUCUCGGGAUUCUGACAGCUGCACUGUUCCUCCCAAGCAUGAACCCCUCACCAUCUUCUGCGACCUCAUGGGCGUGGAGUAUGAAGAGAUGGCCCACUGGCUUUGCCAUCGGAAGCUCGCAACUGCCACCGAAACCUACAUCAAGCCAAUUUCUAAACUCCAUGCCAUCAAUGCCAGAGAUGCACUUGCCAAACAUAUCUAUGCUAAUCUCUUUAACUGGAUUGUAGAUCAUGUGAACAAAGCCCUUCACGCUACUGUAAAACAGCAUUCUUUCAUUGGAGUGUUGGACAUUUAUGGAUUUGAGACAUUCGAAAUCAACAGCUUUGAACAGUUCUGUAUCAACUAUGCCAACGAAAAACUGCAGCAGCAGUUCAAUAUGCAUGUCUUUAAGCUGGAACAAGAAGAGUAUAUGAAGGAACAAAUACCGUGGACCUUGAUUGAUUUCUAUGACAAUCAGCCUUGCAUCAACCUCAUAGAGGCCAAAAUGGGAAUUCUGGAUCUGUUGGAUGAGGAGUGCAAGAUGCCAAAAGGCUCGGAUGACACUUGGGCCCAAAAACUUUACAAUACCCAUUUGAAUAAAUGUGCCCUCUUUGAAAAACCCCGCUUGUCAAACAAGGCUUUUAUCAUCAAGCACUUUGCUGAUAAGGUGGAAUAUCAAUGCGAAGGCUUUUUGGAAAAGAACAAAGACACGGUUUAUGAAGAACAAAUUAAGGUCCUAAAAUCAAGUAAG